UUGUGCUUUCGGAGUUUAGGGUUCGCUUUGCUGUUGCUACAUAUACGCCCUCUUCCACCUUUGGAUCGCACGUCUCCUCUGUUCCUCUCCGGAAGUGAUCUGAUGGCAUUGCCGAAUCAGCAAACCGUUGAUUACCCGAGCUUUAAGCUCGUCCUCGUCGGUGACGGAGGGACUGGAAAGACGACGUUUGUGAAGAGGCACCUUACUGGUGAAUUUGAGAAGAAGUAUGAGCCUACUAUUGGUGUUGAGGUCCAUCCUUUGGAUUUUUUCACAAACUGUGGGAAGAUCCGCUUCUAUUGCUGGGAUACAGCUGGUCAAGAAAAAUUCGGUGGUCUUAGGGAUGGUUACUACAUCCACGGUCAAUGUGCCAUUAUUAUGUUCGAUGUUACUGCCAGGUUAACAUACAAAAAUGUCCCAACAUGGCACCGGGAUCUGUGCAGGGUCUGCGAGAAUAUUCCUAUUGUUCUCUGUGGUAACAAGGUCGAUGUGAAGAACAGGCAGGUUAAAGCUAAGCAAGUUACAUUCCACAGAAAGAAGAACCUCCAGUACUAUGAGAUCUCUGCAAAGAGCAAUUAUAACUUUGAGAAGCCCUUCCUGUAUCUUGCUAGAAAACUUGCUGGGGACCCAAAUCUUCACUUUGUUGAAUCACCUGCUCUUGCACCUCCAGAAGUCCAGAUUGACCUGGCUGCACAGCAACAGCAUGAAGCAGAACUGGCUGCAGCCGCUGCCCAGCCUCUUCCUGAUGAUGAUGAUGAUGUAUUUGAUUAGGAUUUCCUGGUUCAAGUCCAAGUUCAGUGAGGUCUCACAGAGUCGUGUUGAGCAGUCUUUAAGUGUUUGAACCAUUUCAGGGGUUUUUACUUGCCAAGGGCUGGAGCUUUUAAUCUGAAAAGUGAUGUAGAGUAGAUGGAUUAAUUGGUUCGAGGCUUUUGCCUACGUUAUGCAGCAAAAUUUGUUGGUGAGUUGUGUGCUGAAUUAAAUUCGAUGUGCUGUAUCUUUCUUGCCAAGUUAUUUGAAUUUCUGUGCUGAGAAGAAAAUAUUCACGGA